AUGCCUCCUCAUCUCAACCCUGUUCAGCGCCCCAUGGGCCUCUUCCCCAACUUCAUUGCCCAAAGGUCCGAGACUCUCGUCAUCAAGGAGAAGGUCUUUUCCCUAUCGGGAGACAGCUUCGACAUCAAGCUCGCCAACGGGCAGCCCAUCUUCAAGAUCAAGGGCCGUCACCUCACCCUCUCUGGACGCAAGUCUAUGAGCGACGCCAACGGUAACGCUCUGUUCGACAUCGUCAAAGAGCUUCUCCACCUCCACACGACUUUUGCGGCCGAGGACCCCCAGGGCAAGAAGAUUCUCGAGGUCAAGAGCUCCUUCAAGUUGAUGGGAAGUAAGGCUACCAUCGAGUUUCAGUCUAGCGACGGCCGCACCGUCCGUCUGAUCAUGAAGGGCAACUGGUUCGACACGAGCGCCGACAUCGUCGACGAGGAGACCGGUGCCGUCGCCGCCCGCAUCGACCGCAAGCUCGUCAACGCCCGCGAGCUCUUUGGUGACGGCCAGACCUACGCUGUGACUAUUGCACCCGGCGUGGACAUGGCUCUCAUGGCCGCGGCGUGUGUUGCCCUUGACGAGAAGAACAACGAAAAAUGA